AUGCUUGCCACGAGAGUACUACGAGCCGCCGCGGGCGGACCCAAGCCUAACAUCACCGGCUUCAACAUGCGAGCGUUCCAAGCAUCCACCGGCCAGCCUCGAUACGAUCCUUGGGAGCGAAACGAGGCCUGGCGAUACCAGGGCCCCUACACCCGUUGGAACCGUCUCAAGAGCGGCUUCCCCGGUCUCGGCAUCGCGACAGUCGCCUUCACUGCCUACUGCGGCUACGAGUAUUUUUUCCUUGAGGACGAGCACCACCAUGGCGAGGAGCACCACUAG